AUGGUGAUGUUCCCUCUGGACGUGUUUCUCCAGGACCACACUCUCCUCUCUCUCUCUCGCACAGAUCUCUUCCGCAGGUUGAACGGAGCGUCGCAGGACACCAUGAGACUCGAGGCCACGGCGCCGAACCCUGCUGCACCCCGCUUCUGUGCCGGUGAGCACGGCACUGGGGCUGCCCCUCACAGCCAGGGUCCAGGCAAUAAAGCAGUUUGGGUUGGCCGUGUUGGUGUGGCUUUGUCCCCAUACAGGCCCCAGAUGCUGCGCAGAACCGCCGGCCACCUGGAGGACCCGAGCUCUGUUGCACACCAAGCAGAGGGAGAGUGUCAGGGAGAGGAGAAGACGAGGCUGCGCAGGGUGACGUGUGCAGCUGCAGCAGUUAUCAGCCUGGUCUCUGCUGCCGUCCUUCUCUGGUACUUCAUGGAGGUCCACGUCUGGCACCAGGAGAAGCCAGUCUUCCUUUCCUUCACCUCCUCUCUGGUCCUCCUGAACUCGACCUUCUCCCCUGAGUUGACGUCCCAGAGCAGCCUGGCCUUUAGGAGCCGCGCCCGCUUCGUCCAGCACAUGAUCCACAGAGCUGUCAACGCGUCGCUUCUGGCCCCGUACUAUAACCAGUCCUCGGUGCUGGCCUUUGGGCGGGGCAGUGUGGUGGCCCUGUUCUCUCUCCUCCUGAUUGUUCCCAGCAGCCUCAAGUCCCAGGUUGAUGUGGAGAUGGUCACCCAGAGCCUCUCACAGGGCCUCCGCCUCUACAUGAACCAGGCCCCACUGCCACACCUGCCCCUGCUGACCUCCCUGCAGGUCACCGACUGUGACACGUACACUGAGCUACAAUCCAGGGGCCCCAUCGCACUGCCGGGCCCCCCGCUCCACUGCUCCGCCAGCAGGUGGAGGCUCUGUGGCCCCUCCGGCUCCCUGCUGCAGCUGCACAUCCUCUGGUGUCAGGGCCCUCUGCUGGUGUACGACACGCUGAUGCCCUCUGAGGAGCUGCUCAUCACCAGAGUGACCUGCACGGGCCGACAGCAGCACCUCAUCCUCUCCUCUGGACAGGCCAUGACGGUGGUGUGGGAGCCAGGGGAGAGAGGAGAACCAGGGGAGAGAGGAGAACCAGGGGAGAGAGGAGAACCAGGGGAGCAGCUCUUCUCCCUGUCAGUGGGAGCGCAGGACUUUCAGGCCAUCAUCAUCUUCAUUCGCUUCGACUACCUUCGCUAA